CGGCUGCAGAAACAAAAUAGAGCUUUUACUGAAUAUAAGAAAACAAUGUCUCUUUUCACCAAAGUCUUGAACAGCAGUUGCAAACAGGCGCUUGAGCCUGAGAAAAGGAGUUGCUUUUUUCGUGUGAUUUUUGUCAGCGGGUUUCACCAAUUGACCAAACGUUCUAGCAGCCAGACUUUGGAGGUGCAAAAUAACACUACAACGGCAGCUGCAGCAGCAGCAGAGGACAAAGAGGAGGAGAUGGUGGCAGUUUCAGAGGGGGGAGAGGGACUCUUGAAAUCCACUCAACACCACCACUGCAACGCGAAGAGCCUGCAAGAAAUGCCUGGACCCAAAACCCUCUCCAACCUAGUUGAGUUCUUCUGGAAGGACGGCUUUGGUCGCAUUCAUGAAAUCCAGCAAAAACACACCCAGGAGUAUGGAAAAAUCUUCAAGUCUCACUUUGGUCCACAGUUUGUAGUGUCCAUUGCAGAUCGAGACAUGGUUGCCCAGGUGCUCCGGGCAGAAGGGAGAACUCCACAAAGAGCUAACAUGGAAUCCUGGCAAGAGUACAGGGAUUUAAGAGGGAGAGCUACAGGACUUAUUUCUGCGGAAGGGGAACAAUGGCUAAAAAUGAGGAGUGUACUAAGGCAGAAGGUCCUGAAGCCCAAGGAUGUGGCUGUUUUCUCUGAAGGAGUCAAUGAAGUCAUCACAGAUUUAAUUAAGAGAAUCCACACGCUCAGGAGUCAAGAGGAAGAUGGGGAAACAGUGACCAAUGUUAACAACCUUUUCUUCAAGUAUUCCAUGGAAGGUGUGGCAACUAUUCUAUAUGAAUCCCGAUUGGGCUGCCUGGAAAACAACAUCCCAGAGAAGACUGUGGAAUACAUUGAGGCUCUGGAGUUGAUGUUUAGCAUGUUUAAGACAACUAUGUAUGCAGGGGCAAUUCCCAAAUGGCUUCGUCCAUUUAUUCCAAAACCCUGGAGAGAGUUCUGCAGAUCCUGGGAUGGACUCUUCAAAUUUAGUCAAAUCCACGUUGACAACAAGAUAAAGGAUAUUCAGUCCCAGUUGGACCAAGGAGAAGAAGUAAAAGGUGGGCUACUCACUUAUCUCCUACUGAGUAAAGAGCUUACGGUGGAAGAGAUCUAUGCCAAUAUGACUGAAAUGCUUCUGGCAGGAGUGGAUACAACUUCUUUCACUUUGUCCUGGGCAACAUACUUGUUGGCAAAGCAUCCUGAAGUUCAGCAAUCUGUAUAUGAAGAGAUAGUCAAUAAUCUGGGAAAAGAUCAAGUUCCCACUUCAGAUGAUGUCCCCAAAUUGCCAAUGAUUAGAGGCCUGCUCAAAGAAACCCUGAGGUUAUUCCCAGUAUUGCCAGGAAAUGGUAGAGUAACACAAGAAGACUUGGUUGUUGGAGGAUACUUGAUACCUAAAGGGACCCAGUUAGCACUCUGUCAUUAUGCUACAUCGUAUGAGGAAGAGAAUUUCCCAAUGGCAAAUGAUUUCCGACCUGAGCGCUGGCUGAGGAAAGACAAUAUGGACAGAGUGGACAACUUUGGUUCCAUCCCAUUUGGUUAUGGCAUUCGCAGUUGUAUAGGAAAAAGAAUUGCAGAACUGGAAAUUCACCUUGCACUGAUUCAGCUGCUUCAAAAUUUUGAGAUCAAAAUUUCUCCCAAAACUAAACCAGUCAAGGCCAAAACCCAUGGACUUUUGACUCCUGGAGACUCCAUCAAUGUGAAAUUUGCUGACAGGAAGUGAGAUGCAAAAGUUUAGGAAAUUUUAGCAUACUCUUCUUUGAAAUUGACUUGCACCUGAUUGAAAUAUGAUGAUCAUUCUCCUGUCCAUUGGCUUGUGGGCAUUCUUCAAAAUGAUUAAGUCUUAGAUGCUGACCUACUUCUAGAAAUAUACAAGAGAUUUUAUCCCGCUCAUAGAAGAAAAUUCCACAAGUUCACAUGGAACUGUAUGGAAAUAUGAACUUCCUUUUUGCACUGGGAGUUACCUUUUCCCUGGAGUACGUUUUGGAUGAUAGCAACAGAUGCAUUGAAACAACGAUAUCAAGUUUAGACGUAGCAUAUUGUCUUGUGCUUUUGUUAGAUUGCUAAGUCAUGAAAGAUGAGCAUUUCUGUGUGUCUGUGUGGUGAUAUAUACUGUUCCCAAACCUGUAUAUAGAUAUGUUGAUUGACAUUUUCUGUUUGUUGUCUUCAAUGCCUUUUUUUUAAUUCUCCCUUUUUGGUUAGUUUUAAAAAGCAUUUAUCUGAUAUGCAUCAAAAUAAAAUUAAUGCAAUCAUUUGAAACAUAAAGAUAUUGUAAAAAUAUGUGGAAGAUGCUGCUGGUUUGUUUAAACUCAACAAUUAGGAUCUGUUUUUAAAAAUGUUUUUAUAAAACAUAAAGUGAGUAGAAAUAA